AUAUGGUAAAUACAAAUUGCAUAUGUUGAUAGCGUCGGCGGUAGAUGGCAACAACCACAUAAUGCCAGUGGCGUUUGCAAUAGUUGAGUCCGAAUCUAGUGAGAGUUUUGAAUAUUUUUUGAAUCAUCUUGGAGAUCAAGUCAUUCGCGACCGAAAGGUGGCCAUUGUAUCAGAUCGUGCUCCCGGAUUAAUAUCGGUUUUGAAGCGUCCGGAAUGGGAAGGGAUUGAUCAUUUUUUCUGUAUUCGGCAUUUAAUGGCUAAUUUCCACACUCAUAUCAGAAAUAAUGAUAUGAAGUUGCUGGCUGAGAAAGCAGGUAUUUUGCUGUCACUCGUCAACAUUUCUGGUUAUUGAACCAAAAAAGAGUAUAAUUUUUGCAUUAACAAAUACCUCAAAUUAACGUGUAGGUCGUACUUUUCAAGAGAAAAAGUACAAGCGAUACAUGGCCACUAUGGCAAUAAGAUCUCCGGCGGGGUAUGCUUAUUUGACCGAUGAGAGAUAUCUUAAGAAAGAACAGUGGGCUUUGUGUUGGGACAUUAAGGCGCAAAGGAACGGUGUAAUGACGACGAACUACGCCGAGUCCAUUAAUGCAACUCUAAAGAAUGUAAGGGGGCUUCCAAUCACAGCGAUGAUAGAGGCUAUCUUUGACAGACUCAGCGAUAUGUUCGUCAAGCGUUGGGAAAUGUAUAAAGGGAUAAUCGCCAAAGGCGUCAUGUUCACUCCGAUCUGCAACACGCAUCUGAAAAAUGCAACAUUAAAGGCCCGCACACAUAAACUCAAGAAAUAUAACCCGGACACCCUGACUUAUCGAGUGAUUACCAAGAAAGACAAUUUUCGAAGAAAGGGAGGAAAUAUUCAGAAGGUCAACCUUCAAAUGAUGAAGUGCACGUGCGGGAAGUUCCAACACCGCCAGAUCCCUUGCUCCCAUGCCAUGGCAGUCAUUCAACAAGAAAAGUUAAACCCUCACAACUACGUAGGGUGGCGGUACCAAACCAAGAAUGCCAUACAAGCAUGGAAUACUCAAUUUAAUCAAUUACCUACCGACGAGCACUGGGACCAUUCAUUACUAUGCGGCAAUACACCGUAGACAUGACUCUGGUGACUGCAUUAGUUGAGCGGUGGAGGCCGGAGACCCACACUUUUAUGUUUCCUGAGGGGGAGUGCACAAUAACCCUUCAGGACAUAGCGAUCUUGACGGGACUCCCCAUAAAUGGGGCUGCUGUUACCGGACCGACUAUCAGAGGUUGGAGCAGUGUUACUCGCCGACUGCUUGGGAGAGAUAUGGUAGGGAGUAGAAAUUGUCAGGGAUCCUUUGUUACCACUAGUUGGCUAGUCGAUGAGUUUGAUAGCUUCACACGGAUACCUGAUGCGGCUUCAGAUGAGCAGAUCGACUGGGCAGUUCGGGCGUACUUGUUGUUCCAUCUACACGCCUGGUGUUUUUCCGACACGAACAGCGGGCAGAUCGGACUGAGGAUUCUUCCACAUCUGGAGGACUUGACGGCAUUAGGGAGCAUUAGUUGGGGUUCAGCGGCGCUCGCACACCUUUACCGCGAGAUGUGCUUGUGUACUAUGGUUUCGCAGAAUAGGCGAAACAUCGGGGGGCCGCUUUGGAUUCUUCAGCUAUGGGCAUUCGAGCGCCUUAGACCAUUCAGACCGAGGUUGAGAUACCCGGCCAUCACACCGCACUUACCGUUGGGUGACAGAUGGGCGGGUCCGCUAGAUUUUCGACGGGUUCUUCAUCGCAAUCUGGAUGCCAUGAGAUUAGCACUAGAUGUAUUACGUUACUCGGAUAUCGAUUGGCAACCAUACACCGAGGAUGUUAUCAGCCAGCUACAUCCUUAUUUUUUGGAUGGUGCUCAGUUCUGGCGUGCUCGCGUGCCACUGAUUUACUAUCAUAUUAUCGAGUGGCACCAGCCGGAUAGGGUGAUGGCGCAGUUUGGUUUGCUUCAGCCUAUACCUGAACCACCUUCCCAGCUCCACAUCCACCACACUGUCCAGUUUCGGGGGAGCUCAAGCUUCCAAAACACUUUUAGAGAGUAUGUCGCGAUUUGGGACUCCAGGGAACUGUAUGUGGUCCAAGGCCCGUUGCUGGACCAUCCGCCCCACUUCCAUUCAGAGUACAUGGAGUGGUACAGACGCAUCAGUAGGAGAUGGAUUACCCAUCACGGAGCAGAGACUGGAUCAGCUCGUGAUGCCAUGGAGAGGAUUCGCUUACAGUCAGAGGCAGGGUCAAGUAUUGGUACUUACGCUCGUAGUCACCAGUUAGGCACCAUGGAGGACCGGAGGGACACACAGUGGCCACCCCCAGAGCCUGCUGUUCUGCCACAGCCCUUGCCUCAUAUAGAUCCCCCGACGGUCGACGUACAGCGUAUACGAGGUCGUCGUCGGGAUAGAGCCAGACCUCACGAGGCGACGCGCGAGAUGGCAGAGAACCCUAUGCCACCCCCAGUCGACUUUCACGGGGAUACUGAGGAUUUCGUCCGACAGUAUUACGGGUCUACGACGUAUUAUGGGAGUACCUCAGCGCAGACACAGUGCCCACCAGCUGCAUCAUUUUCGGUACCACCUACGGACCCUCUCCCGGCACAGCAUGAUUUCUUUGGGGAUACCGAGCACUUCAUUCGCCGCUAUCCAGCUUCGUCUUUUACGGUACCGCCUGCGUCUGUACCCUAUGUAGGCCCGUCAUUUGGGGAGGCAGAGUACAUCACGCCGCUGGCCACUCCUCCUCCACAGUUCUCACAGCAUCCGGCUUCUGCUUUUACCCCGUUCCAGGCGACUCAGACGGCGCAGACACCUCCUCCUCAGACACCUACGUAUUUGCCGACCGUUCCUGUAUUUGACGAUUCUUGGAACUUUAGCUCCCUGACCACUCCUCCCUCACAGCGGUCCCGACUUAUGGAGGGGGGCUACAUUCCGAUGCUGCCAGGUCAAGAUCCGGGCUCCUCUUCUCGCCCGACUCAGAGUCCCUCCCAGAUGCAUUUUUCUCUGGAUGAUCCUUGGAUCAACAAUUUGGUUCAGGACCCACAGCCGUUUUGUGACUUCCAAGGAAUGCAGGCUCCUUCUUUUUCUCUGGGAUUAGGGUUAGACCCCUCCUCACAGGCUCCUGCUCCUGAUGUGGAUGAUGAUGACGAGAUUGAGGAUGUGGCCAGUCCAGUCGCCGAUAGUGGAGAGAGAAGCUCCGGACCAGAUGGAAGACGUUACCGCCGUUUGACUGAUAGUCAGACGAGUCGACGUGUUAACAGGGGUUACGACAUGAGGACACGCUUACGGAGUCCUGAUAGAUCAGACUUUACUGAGUAGUUUUGUUAUUUUUGUACAAUUUUUUAUUUUUGCAUUAUUAAUUUAUUUACGGUUACUUUUAAUUGUGUUGUAUGGUUUUUAUAUAUUUAUGUAUAAUUUCUUUA